UGCGCUGUGAUGUGCAAGCAGCGAUAAACUAACAUAGUCUAUCGAUAGUUUGAUUAUCGAGCCAACGCAGCGCAACAACAACAAGCGAAAAAAAGAACAAGCAAGCAAAAGAAAAGCCAACGAAAAAAAUUUUUUGUGCCCUUCGUGCGCUACUUAGUUGCUUCCAAAUAGACACAUUACAACACUAAAGCAUAUUUGUUUAAAUGGUAAUAAAUGUGAACGUGGAAAAUUAUAACAAAUCGAGUUCCAGUUCCUACACAAUAGUGCAACGCAACCACAACAGCAGCAGCAGAGGUAGCAGUAUCAGCAGCAGCAGUAACAACAACAACAGCUUUGCUUUUUCUUGCAACGCAACGAAAAAUUUAAACCUUUGCCAUUAUGUCCUGGACAGAGAAGGUUGAUCCAGAGCUCAUCUUUACGAAGCAGGAGCGCAUUGGCAAGGGCUCCUUUGGUGAGGUAUUCAAAGGAAUAGACAAUCGCACGCAGCAAGUGGUGGCCAUUAAAAUAAUUGACCUAGAAGAGGCUGAAGAUGAAAUCGAUGACAUACAGCAGGAAAUUAUGGUGUUGUCGCAGUGCGAUUCACCUUAUGUGACCAAGUACUAUGGAUCCUUUCUUAAAGGCACCAAGUUGUGGAUUAUUAUGGAGUAUCUAGGCGGUGGCUCUGCGCUGGAUCUAAUGAAGGCAGGCAGCUUUGAGGAGAUGCACAUUGGCAUCAUUCUGCGGGAAGUGCUUAAGGGAUUGGACUAUCUACACUCGGAGCGCAAGCUGCAUCGUGAUAUCAAGGCAGCCAAUGUGCUGCUCAGCGAACUGGGUGACGUCAAGCUGGCGGACUUUGGUGUGGCUGGACAGCUCACCAAUACCACAUCAAAACGUAAUACAUUUGUUGGCACACCAUUCUGGAUGGCACCAGAGGUCAUUAAACAGUCACAGUAUGAUUCCAAGGCAGACAUUUGGUCGCUGGGCAUAACAGGCAUAGAGCUGGCCAAGGGUGAACCACCCAAUUCGGAGCUACAUCCCAUGCGUGUGCUCUUUCUAAUACCCAAGAAUAAUCCGCCACAGCUGACGGGUAAUUACAGCAAGUUCUUCAAGGAGUUUGUUGAGGCAUGCCUGAACAAGGAUCCUGAGAAUCGACCCACAGCCAAGGAACUGCUCAAGUAUCCGUUUAUCAAGAAAGCCAAAAAGAAUGCUUAUUUGAUAGAUUUGAUUGAUCGCUUUAAGAAAUGGAAGGUGUCCAAGGGCGAUGAGAGUGAGACCGAGUCGGAAAAUUCAGACUCUGAUUCCGAUGCCAAGCAGGGCGGCGGAGGCAGCAGCCAGGAUGAGCCCUGGAUUAUGACUGUGAAGGGUCUGCAUAUCAAUAGCGCUCCGCGUGCGGGCGUCAACAGUUUCCAGUUACAGGAACAUGAGCUGACUAUGCAGAAACUUAUGGCCACAACACAUAGCCCUUCAAGUGGCAGCAGCGCAGCUGGCGGCAAUGCACAAAUUGCCAGCGGCAGCAACAGCAGCAACAGUAUUGCGACAAGCAGCGACGUCGUCGCAACAGCAACAGCGGGCAACGCUGGCAGCAACAAUAACAACAAUAACAAUAAUAGCAACAAUAAUAACAUAAGCAACAAACAUGCUUCAACUACCAUGUUGAAUGUGGCUUCAUCAGCUUCCGCCAGCAGCAACAACAGCGCAGGAGGCGCCACAGGAAAGCUGCUGCAAGUGAGCAGCUCUGCCUCAGCCAAUGAGUUGAUGCAAAAGCAGCGUGCCAGCUCCAAGCCAGAGUUGCGACAGUCGCGUUCUGUGGCCACGCUGGAGCAGGUGGAGGAGCGACGUGCCUCCUUGGGACUACCUAUGAGUCUGGAGCAGCAGCAACGUGAGCAGCAGCGUCGCAGCAGCAAUCGUGAAACAUUCCAUGCAACCAGCACCAACAGUAGCAGCAACGUCAACGAGGCUUCCAAUCAGUCCAAUCAUGUCAAGCUGUCGUCUAGCCAGGGACAGUUACAGCCACAGCGACAUCAUACAAACAGCGCGUGUCUCAACAAUUUCCUAUUCCCUGUUCUGAGCGAUAUACAACGCAAAUACAAUAGCAGCAGCAAGAAUUUGCCCAGCAUGCAUGGUGUGGGCGUUGGCAGCGACAUUGGUGACCUCAAGUCCGUUUUUGAGCUGGCUGAACGCUCUAGCCCGGGUGUCAGUGAUUUGUUUAUGAAGGAGCUUAUUCAUAUGCUUGUGCCGGGCUAUUCGGAGACGCGCAUUAACAAUAUUAUGGAACGCGCCAUACGCAAUCGCAAGUAGAUUACGGGCAACCAAAUUCCAACAAGUUAAAUACAUUAUAUUCUAUAUACAAUACUUACUAUAUACAUGUUAAUUGAGAGUAUCCCCCGUCAACAUAUAUUCCGACUUAGUGGCCAAUGGAGCAAGCAGCGUUAGACUUAUGAAAAAAAACGAAAGUUUAUAUAUAUAAAUACAUUUGUAGUUGUAAAAUGUACGUAUUUCAACUGAGCCAUGUGGCAAAAAUGUUUAUUCAACGGUUAUUUAGGCAUACAAAAUAUGUAUUCGUUUGUUUAUCUGCAA